AUGUACGCCACUGCUAAGGAGGAAUGUCAUUGUGUAACGUAUGGACGGCUCCAUACACAGCAGCAGCAUCUAGUUCGAGGUUGCAGUCAUAAUUCAAAUUUGAAGAGACCUACACUGGACAGAAUGUUCGCUUCGAGGUCACAAAGAAAUGAUGAUGGUUUGCGGGCGUCUUACAAUUUCUCGUUACUUAUAACAAAAUCCGGAAAACCGCUAACUAUCGGAGACAAGUUAAUCUUGAGAGCCGUUGAAGAGGUUUUAAAAACUGUUUUACACAAACCUGCAUCUGAUAUCAUUAAAAGAAUUCCGUUAAGCAACAAUACUGUUGAAAGACGUAUUAAUGAAAUGAGUUCUGAUAUUGUAAGCCUCUUAUGUAAUUAUUUGCAAACGACCCAUUUCUCUAUACAAAUGGACGAGUCAAGUUUACCUAACAAUGCAGCAUUAUUAUUGGCAUAUGUUCGUUUUAUUAUGAAUCAAGAAAUCUACGAAGAACUGCUCUUCGCAAGAACUUUGAUAACCGACACUAAAGAUUUUGAAUCUAGGUUUGAGGAUAUUUUGACUAUGGUAAUACCACUGUGGAUAAUUAAUCCAUAUGGUGACAUAGAAGAAACGAAUGUCAUAAUACAAGAGGAACUGACUGAAGUACAAACGAAGAACUUAAGGUUCAGUUUAAAAACGGAUAUCAGCAAUUCUGGCUGCAAAACCACAUACCCGUUACUUAUCCCGUAUUAUGGAAUAUAG